GUGAGUUGAACGUGUAGCACGGAAAAUGGAAUAUAUAUUAGUACAUUCCUAUUUGUGCUCUGUAAAUAGCUGUAAGCCUUCAUUAACUUUACUUCAAAUUUCCGCCGCUUAAAAAAAAAAAAACACGUGAAGAACCGGAGAAGAAGAAGAGGUGCCGAGCAGUGCAGACGUAUCCACGUCGGCUCCCGCGUUCUUAAAUAUUUUUGGGCGUCUUUCCAAGAAGAAGCUUGGAUAUAUAUACCUCACCGGAACCGCCAAGUUUCAAGGAAUCCACCGAUGCCAGAGUUUUAUCGGUGCAGGAGUCAUGGUGCAGUCGAGCUAUUGUUGCCCCCAUCCUGAAGGCCAGAAAGCCUGCUGGAAACUUGAGUUUCUAUCGGCUGGCCUCCCUCACCUCUGCCACUUGCAAAGUGAUGGAGGCCAUUGCUCUGGUCCGACUGGGCUGAGUGGCCUGUGCCGAUGGCUUCCUGGCCGAUGAGCAGACGGGGUUCCGGCGGCGCCGAUGCACCGCGGACUCCUUCGCAGACAUUGUCUCCACGCUGGAGGAGGCCAUGGCCUGCGGUGACGCAGUGCUGGUGCUUAUCGACAUCAAGGGGGCCUUUGACGGCCUGGCCCAUCCAGUCAUUCAGCAGGCCCUGGACCUAGUUGGCAUCAAUGGGAACCUGCGGCGGUUCAUCUCGUCGUUCCUGUAGGAACGCACCCUCAGGGUACGAGGAGGCCGAUCCAGGAGCUCCUCUCGGCCGGUGGCAGCAGGCGUCCCACAAAGGUCAGUGGUGAACCAUUUCCUCUUCAACCUGGCCCUGGCCCAGCUGCCUGCUGCCCUGCCGAUACCUCCACUACCCCGUGAAUGCCCCCAUUUACGCGGACGACAUCACUCUGUGGGUGCGAAGCCUACCACAGAUCCACCACAGCGCGCGCUCGGCCCUGCAAAGAGCCCUCAACACCGCCGCUACUAACCUGAGCAGCAUUGGCCUUGCCACCUCGGCAAGAAAGACGGAGGCCAUGCUGCUCCACCCAGGAGCAGCCACCUGUCGCAGAGCUGUCAGACUGUACCUGGAAGGUGUCCAGUUACCCUGGAGCAUGGCAGUGACGUACCUGGUGCUGCGCAUUGAUCACCGGCUGUCCUGGCUGCCAAGACACUGCAUGUCCAGAUCCUCCGGUGCUGCAAGGCAGUCUCCCAGCUUCUUGUUCGAGGAUAGGGCUGUACCACCAGGUGGGCUCAGCGGCUGUACGAUGCAGCAGCCACCUCAUGCCUGUGGUACGCCCUCCCACUCGUGGCACUACCACAUGCCGGUCUCAAGAAGCUGGAGCUGCAGCAUCGGGCCAUGAUCAGGCUCUGCCUGGGCGUUCCCCGCAGCUCUCAAGUUGCUGCGACCUUGGCCGAGGUGGGAGCAUGGCUCCUGUCACUUCUCCUGCAACAGAGGCUACGCCAUGUUGACUGCCUUCACCAUGGCCCAGACGGCAGUGCCCUGCUGUCCCGACUGCGCUCGCGGCCCCACUCACAGGUGGGGAGACUGUGGGCUGUAUGAGGAGGUGAUUGGGAGACCUCCAGUGAACAACGUACAGCUGCCUCCUCCCCAGAGACCACCCAUGCCCAUCACCACAGAGCUGCCCGUUGUUGAUAAAUGGUGCUCCCCGACUUGUGCCCUUCAGCGAACAUUGUUUAACUGCGCGAGCAAACGAACCAGCAAACGAAUCUGCGCCCGUCCUUGUCCCUCGCUGUCUUUGUGGUUCGUUUGCUCGCGCAGUUAAACAAUGUUCGCUAAUACCUACCAACUCGCCCAACAACAAGUUCUACUAAAUUGUGCCCUUCAGCAGACCGCUGCCUCCCUCCUGCAUGAGGACCACGGAGGACACCUGCAGGACUACGUUGACGGUUCGGUGAUGCCAGACACGGGCUCGUCGACUGCGGCCUGCGUGGUGCCCGCCCUGUGGAAGAGCAGGCAGUGUCGCCUCCCCGACGAUGCAACGUCAACAGCGGCAGAGCUAGCAGGCCUCCACCUGGCUCUGGACGUACUCGCGGAGGAGCUGCCAGCGACCCCAGUGACCAUCUACUGCGACUCCAAGGCGGUACUUCUCAGCCUGCAGAGGGCCAGCCUUGGGGUCGCCCUGCUCUCGACUAGGCUGAUGACGCUCCAGGAGGCGGGCUGCUCAAUGUCCCUGCACUGGCUUCCAGCCCACGUGGCGAUACCGGGCAACAAGGAGGCUGAUGCACUGGCAAAGCAUGCCCACCACUGCGUGGUCCCACCCAGCCUGGCAGUGACAGCAAGUGACUUCACAAGCCACAGGCUGCGGUGUCAUUUGCUGGCUUGCCAUCCGGACAAGCGGAUGUCCGUGGCCGCCCUCCACGACCAUUUCCGCAUCACGGCCUUGCAUGCAGGGAGACCUCCCUCCUGCUGCGACUGCGGAUUGGCUGCUGCUGGAGGGGGGCUCACCGCCACCGGCACGACCUCAUUGCCUCUCCAGCCUGCACCUCCUGCGAGAAGCCAGAGACCCUGGAGCACCUCCUGCUGGCCUGCCAUGCAUACCUGCAGCAGCAUGGCCACAUCCUGCAGGAGUUCCGGCUCCUGGGGCUUCCUUCUGCACGGCAGGAAGACGAGCUACCAACCCUCCUAAGUGUCGCCGAGUACCUCGACUCGUCGGGGCUCUCGGCGAGACUUCAGGAUUUUCUACAAAGACGGAUAGCCUCACGGCUCUCCAAACCACUCUAGGCUACUCCACCUGCCCCAACCAUCUGGCUCCUGCUGGAUCACCGCCCCCUGGCCUUUCACCAGAUUACCAGUUCCUGCUGGACCUACUAGGCCCUUCCUGCCGGUCUGCUCAUCCGCUGCCAUGGCGACACUUUAAGCCCCUACUCUCCUAUCUCCUUUGCUUCCAUUAUCUCCCCCCACCCCUGUUUUGCACUGAGCCGUGCUCCCGCAAGGGCUGCAGAAAAUAACGUCAACCUUUCCUUUUCCCUUCAAGAACCACUUCUCUCUCUCAUGGCGACGGCAGAAAUGUACCUGGAGUGUCGAUAUAAUUGCUAUCACAAUGAAGGAAAACGGAAGAACGCCUGUGAACAUUUCCGUGCUGCAGAAAAGCCGCUGUCGGUGUAGGUGCCGGUGGAGUUGUCCGUGAGCGAAAACCCACGUAUAUGUAUGUGCCAUGCCUUUCUAUAUUAGAUGCGGUAUACGCGGAUUAUAUCGCCACAAACCAUUCUGUCACCAACGUUGCUCCCACCUUGUCUUACAUUCUUGACAAAUGCUUCAAAGUGUUGUUUACACUGGCUUUACUCAACAAAGUAUAACAAAAACAUAGACGUUUCGCCACCUAUGCGGGUGGCAUCGUCAGUACACAAUGGCAACAAAUGAGAAAUACAUCCUAUUUAUCUAUGAAAGUGCCGUAAACAUCCGGCAGGGGGCCACGGUUAGAGUUACAUGAAGAUUGAUUACGACGGAUGAACCAUGAUUCUACGAACUUUCUUGGGCCCCAUCGGUGUUCCCGUGCUAGUGUGGUUACAUUGUUAAAAUCAAACAUGUGUCCCUUUGAUAAACAAUGAUCAACCAAUUCUGUCUUGGCACGUGUAGCAUGGGUGGCUUUCGUAGCAUCUCUUAGAUGUUCCUUGAUACGGGUGCGACGUCGCCGCCCUGUCUCGCCAAUGUAGCUGGCAUCACAGUCCGAGCAGUUGACCUUGUAGACGACACCACUUUGUUUGUCCGGAGGUGUGCGGUCCUUUGGCUUCGGGAACACGUUUGCCAACGUGUACGAGGGUUUAAACACAGUUCGAACACCUAAAGGCCGUAAAGCCCUGCGCACUGCUUCUGAUACACCGCGGACAUACGGAAUGCACACAAAGGAAGCUGGCCUUUCGGCCUUGCUCUCACGAGGUUUUUGCAUGCGGCGCUGCGUAUCAUUGACAAAGUGCUCAGGGUAACUCCGCUUAUGCAAAAGAGUGGCCACAUUCGUUAAUUCUUGCUCCCUCAAAGUUUGCGUUGACGAGAGCGCAUCGCAACGAGACAGGAGAGUGCGUACCACGGCAUGUUUGUGUUCUAUAGGGUGGUGAGAGUCAAAACUCAGCACACUCCCGCUAUCGCAAGAUUUGCGAUAUACGGCUGUCUCCACCGAACCUCCUUCGCUCCGUUGUACCAGCACGUCUAGAAAGGCUAGGCUGCCACUAUUCUCCGUCUCACAUGUAAAUUGAAUGGCAUGAUGGACGGCAUUAAGCGCCUCAUGCAUGGCACGCAGGUUUUUCUUUUCGACAAUCACAAAGGUGUCAUCUACAUAGCGGCAGUACAUUUUGA